AUGGUGAUUGUGAGCCUUUCUUUUACUCCCCUUCCUCAUUCUUCGCUUCCAACUCCCUACAUUCCGUGGAUCUUGUUCUCUGCUGGUAUAUCAGAUGAAGAUUUCCCGCCUCUCGGUCCUCCAACAAAGCCUCUAGAUAAGCAGCCUUUUGAAGGAUUUCGCAUCGCAUCAGGAUCACGAGCCUCCCAUGGGUCGCUCGAUUCGCCCUUCAGGUCUGGUACCCCCGUACUACCACCCGGCCUUCCUUUGCCCCAUGGGCAUCCUGCCGCAUCUUUUGGCCAAGAUUACAGCCCAUCCAACUCGACCACAUCAAGUCCCAAACAAGCAAUUAUUCCACCACGAGCUGGAUUUUCAACUCCCAUCCAGAAAUUUAAAGAUGUCCAUACUUCCGCGCAACCCACACCGGACAGGCAACCUUCACCUAUCAUCCCCUCCAUACCCGCACGGACACGCGCUGCAGCUGAAAUAUCCUCUGGUUCUCCAAAGCCUAAAUCUACAGCACGUAGCCGUCAAGCGAGUGACACUCUAACAGUCAAGGAGAAAACUCAGGAUCUCAACUCUGAAAAAGCUCCGGCAAUUACUAAUAAAAGUGGCAAACAACCUCGUGAGCCUCGCAGCAAGCCCUUGCCAUUGAUGCUGAAGCUAUCAAUGCCAACGCCCCGGGACAAUAUUCCCUCUCGAACCACCACACCCAAUCACAGCGUAUCCUCCAUACCCGCAUUAUCAAACGUUGCCUCGCGCCCCAAUACCCCCUUGACGGGCGUUUCACGGGCGUCUGAUUCUCCUAUUCCUCGGCAAGCACGAGUAUUGCGUGUCGUUGACACAUCGAAAUCCGAAACACAUACUUCAGCUACCGCACCUACACAUUCAGCCGCUUCCAACUCGUCGGCGAAACAGCGAUCUAGGCGACCCAGUGUUUCAUCCACCAGCCUCCCAGGCACGCCAAAUAACGCUGACUCUGAAUACGAUUUUCAUACUUCUGCGUCAUUGUCGAGGGCAGGCUCACCACCGCCAAGUCGCAUUGGUUCCGCACCAGUUCGUACUGUAACAAAAAGUCAAUUGAAAAAGGAACGGAAACUCAAGUCUAAGAACGCAGAAGUUAAAAAGGAUGAAGCAAUCCCGUCUUCGGCUGUCACCGAAGAACCUGUUCAAGCACCGAUUAUCGGCAGGAAACGCAAGGCAAAGAAGGCCCAGACACCUACCACUGAACAACUUUCUACAGCAAAUGAAACAGAUCAAGAGCCCGCCCAAGCGGCCAAAGCAUCGAAAUCCAAGGGGCAGAAUAAACCAGAAAUGUCGACACAGACCAACGGACCAGAUAAAGUUACCAAGGAUUCUGCCACCAAGGAAAAGCCCACCGCUAGUCCGGCUGCAGAGGAUAAGGAAAAUGUCGAACCAUGGAGAUCAAACAAUACGACUCGGCAGCUUAUGGCAGACUCAGAAGCUAGCGGUGUGCCUAUUAAAGAUCUUUUUUUGGAGAGAACAUCACCACUUCCAGUGUUACUUGCGCAACUGCAUCAAUCUGGCGAUCUUGAUCUAAAUACACACCCAGUCUUCAACCCACCGAACCUCAACCAACGGUCUGAUCUGAAGUGCACUGCCGAUGAUUACGACAUUUUGAAAAAACCUAUCGACUUGGCUGAAGAGCAUAGAACCAAGCUACUUCAGGGUGAACCAAUUCACAUUAAUGAGGAUUCCGAUCUACUGAAGUAUCGUUGCCUAGUCACACCAACCGGCUGCGUCCUCCGCCAUCUCUCCGUGGAGGAAGAAAACCGCUAUCUGGAACUCGAGAAGAGCCUCACAGCAGCCUGGGAGUCGCUGCAGGAAUAUCCAGCCUUAACGGUCACCGAGCCCGACAUGACCAACCGCGGUGGAGGCUUGGAUGCUCUCUUUGCAACUCCCGAAAAAUUCAACAUCCGCUGGAUCGACGGCGCACCGGAGAAUGGACUACUAUCCGGCUCUGCGAAAACUUCUGCCAUCUCUUCUAUGCCCUCCCCUCCUCCCUUUACUCCCAACGGUUACUCUGCGGCAUCUGCAGCAGAUGCCAAUGAGCCCGCUCGUGCUGCUGGUGCUGGUGCUGGUGCUGCUGGAGCUACGCCUCGCUCAUCUACCGUACCCAAAUCGACAACUAGUGGAAGUCACCUUGGCGUUGGUCUUGAAGAGCUGAUGAGCAUGUCUGAUGAGGAGCUGCGGAAUAUGAUUGAGGAAGCACAGCGGGAGUUGGAGAGUUCGCGGAAAGAGGUAGAUAUGGUUGACAAAAAGGUUUUGACACUUGUGAAACGGAAUAAGAAGCUGGUGCAGCAGGCUCUGUCUGCGGCGAUGGAGUUUGUGGGGUCAGCGUCUGAUAUUGGCUUGUGA